AUGGACGGCGUCUCGUCUCCGGGGCUCGCCCGCGCCAGCUCUCUCCGCGCGACCACUGGCAAAAACAUCUACAACUUUGAGCUCGUCAAAAAGGUCCGCUCCGAUCUCAGCGCGCCCUCGUCCGCAGCCGCAGCCGUCACGCCAGGAUCAAACUCCGGUCCGUCCGAUGCUCUCAAAGAACGUCGUCGUCAGCGAGCGUUCCGGUUAUCACUCUCUAUCCCUCGCGCUCCUCCUCCGCCUCCUCCCGAGGUCACCACUCCUAUCACUGAGGAUGCUUCUUCCGUCGCUCCCGAUCUCUUUGUCUCUCCCAAAAUGCCGACCAAGCCUGCGCGCGACUCGGUCUUUUUCGACGAGGCCGCCGACAACUUUCUCACUCUGUUAGCUGCCAAGGAACGCCGUGUUCUCGAGCUCCGCUCUGAGCUCGCGAGCGCAGAAGCCGACCUCCAACAGCUCCAGCAGCAGUACUCGGCCCACGAAGAGCGUCCCCGACGCGCAGCGCCAGUGCCACUUCUUCAGCAGCCUUUUGCGAACGCGCUUCACGGCCACCAUUCCAGUCAGCCUUACUCCGCCAUGGCGGCCGCGACCACUGCCGCUUCACAUGUUAACGCCCAUGUCCGUGCGCGCUCGUCGCUCGACCGUCAGAGCAUCACCUCUGCCUCGAGCUCAACAAGCAGCACCACAACCACAAUCACCAACGACGGCAAUCAAACCAAGGCCGCCGGCGCAGGCCGCAUGCUCAACGGCUCGUUCCCGUUCCCGAGUCCGCCCAAGACGGCCCCGUCAGGUCGUCCGCUCGCGCCGCCGCGUACUUCGUCGCUCGCAGAUAAGCCCGCCGGCGACCGGGCGCAGCCAAAUCCGCUGUCGUCUAGUCCCGCGCCGAUCGACGACCUGCCGUACCUGAUGCACAACGACGAGUUUGAGUACGACGACGAGUCGCGGAAUAAUCCCAACGUGCCGAUUCGCGCCGAGGAGGUGAUUGUCAUGGGCAAGAAGAUUGCCGAGGGCAUCAACUCGCACUUUUGGAACUUUUACAACGACAUCAAGGCCGCUGCCGUUGGUGAAGAAUUGCUCGGAGCGCCUUCUCGGCGCAGCGGCGCAAACGGAUCACCUGUCCGGGAUUAUCAGCAGGCGGGAAUGGGUUCAUCUGCUGCCGCGAACGGGAAAUCAAAGAUGCUCGAGCGUGGAUCAAGUGCGGCGCCAGCCAACCAAAUCAAUUGGCAGCACUCCCGCUCGUCGACCUACGACUCACACGAUAGCGCGAACGAUUACAUCGACGAGGACGAGGGUCAAUCCGAUGAUGACGACAACCACAGCACCCCGACACGGGUGUCGGAUUCACCACCUAUACGGCACAUCUCGAGCUUUGUGAACUCCCCCGUGCUGUCAGAGCCGCUGGGAAUUGACUCGGCUGAAUUCCGAGGCUCGCCCCAGUCAAAGCAUGGUCACAGCAUGCGCAGCCACCCGCUUCGCCGCACUCUUACCGAACAGCAGCAGCAGCAGUUGCAACAACAACAACAACAACAACCACAGCAGCAGCAACUGUCAGCAGGGGAGUACAACGGCUACAGCGUGCUGCGCGAGACGCCAGCUGCUGUGUCGUCCACGUCGCUGAUCGAUCUUGAGUCCUCCGAAGACGAAUCACAUACGUCUGCGCCGCCGUCUCUCACCAACACCGUGCAGUCCCGGAUCUCGACGACGGAACCUAGCAAGCGCUACAGCGUUUACAACAUGGACUUUGAUCUCGCGGCUGCCACGGCUGCCGCAGGUAACGGGACGGCGGCCAGCAGUCGGAGUAGUAGCAGAAGCCGAGGAUCGUCACUCUUUCAGUGA